CAUUUAUAACAAGAUAUGACAUUUGACGUUCAUAUAGUCCAAAUUUGACGAAGUGUUAACAUUUUAUAAAUCUGUCGAGCUGCAUUACCAUCAUAUAAUAUAUGAUAAAAAUAUAUCUAUUUAAGCGUCAUUAUGACGAAGUACUUCAAAAGGAAUUUAACAUGAACGAUUCUUUCCCAAUAUCCGGUUGGAAAGUAUGUCCUGCAGCAUCAGUAGGAUCUCAAAAAUUUCCAUAUAUCUGUUAUAUCACAGAAAAUUGUUGUGAAGCAGGAUGUUGUGCCAAUCGUACAUAUCAUCAUUUCAAAUCGUGGUAUUUCUGGUUAAUAUUAAUUUUGAUAUUCGGCAUUAUGUACUCUUGUGUUUGGUACUGUAUGAAAAUGGAAAGACUCCGAAAAAAACGCGAAAGAGAAGAAUUGAUGAACCGUAGUCGGUUUAUGACGCAAUCACCUUCGAGUUCACCUAGAGCUUUAGGCGACACAUUUUGCGCGAUAGAUUUCGAAAAAUUCAAUAGAAACGAAUUCGAUAAAAAGGGACUUCCUAAAUACGAAGAAGCCUUAAAUAUGCCUAAGAUCAAAUCUACACAAGUUGCGGAAGUUCAUAUUUACGAUGAUUUAAAUACAGAUGGGUUGCCUACUUAUGACGACGUCAAUAAUAAUAAUAAUAAUGCUAAUAUGAAUAAAUAUUGAAUAAUGUAUUUGUGGCAAAAAACAACUAAAUAUGAAAACAGAAAA